UUUCGUGCCAGUUGUUCGAUUAUUAAGUCACAUUGCAGCAGCUUAAUCCCAAUUAUACAUCCGCAUUUCUCCCGCGCGUGUAGACGAAUUUGCCCCAUCAGCGCGCUUCCGAGAAAAAGGGCGUCUGGUGCGCAGUUCUUCAUCUUUCGCGUAGUGCAUCCCUCUUAUUAAUCUGCGCGUCAGAGCGACGAACGACGUUCGGAAAAAGGCCAAUAAAAGGCUUUCCCCUCGAGGCGGCAACACGCGCAGCUUUCGUACACGUACACACGAUGUUGCAUAGCUCGCGCGCAGCGCGUCACCGAUGACGCCUUAUCGCUCAUAGAAUAAAAGGAAGAGCCGAGCGUGAGCGCUGGCACAUAGUCCGACGCGUGGCUCUAUUGUUCACGAAUCUUCAGAGCGCGAAGAAAAAGUUGUGAAAGCUGCGUCGACCCUUCGCCCCGGCGGUGCACAUAGAAUGUGGUUCGAGUGACCGACGAGCGAUCGCGAUUUCUAAGCAAGGCAUAUCACGCGGCAACGAGCCCUGCGCUUCAUACCAUUGUACUGCAAAGCACACACGGUACACAACCGCAUUCAAUGGCUUAUACAUGCGCGCCGACGGCUUCAGCUAUAAAAUCUCCCUCAACGAGCGCAACUCGCGCUGAAGAAGGAAGAGGAAGAAAACAGAUGCGUGCAGUGUGUGUGCGAGCGCGCGCGCGAGGUCUAUUCAGUCGCGUGCUCGCGCUCACGAUGACGGAGAGGAUAGAAAGUUGCCGCGCGGAGAUCGCGCGCCGUCUAUUAGACACACGAGCGCGCAUAGUUCGCUGCCUCAUUGUUCGCGAGAGUUGCGCGAUAAAGGCGCGAUAAGGCCUCGUUAAGGCGCAUCAAACGCCGAGCGAAAGUACUGCGGCACAUACCUAAUCUAUCCCCCUCGGCCCGUAUGGAGAAAGAGCAGAAUGCAUGCACCGAACGAUUACCGCAGCGGCGAUUUAUAAAUGACGCGCGCACAAUGAAUGGCAGCACACUGAUGGAGGAGGAGAGGGACGGCAUGCCGGAAGAGCGCUCUCUGUCUUUCUCUCCCUCUCUUAUUCCAUACUUUUCUUCCACACGACGCAGAGAUUCGCGCUUCCCGCCGCGGCGAGCAAACCGAGAGGGACCGUCGUCGUCGUGCGCGCCGCGCUAGUCGUGAUUCGCCGCAAGCUCCCGCGAGAACACCGCGAACUCGCGCUUGAUACUUAUAUACCUAUAUACAUGCGGGCCGUUCGUAUAAUCGCGCCGAGAGUUUUCCCGGAGCACCUUUAGUCGCUCGCUCGCGCCGCUGUUUUUAUAGGUACAUUUCAAUUGCCGGAAGAUGCACUGUAAAGCAUUCCCUCAUGGGAGAAAGCGCCGUUGAAAAUCGUAUUAAGGGCUGCAGUGACACGAUAAGCCGUUGUUGCGUAACGCGCGGGACGAUGAUCUAAUGUUUACACGCAGCUCGAUAGGUCAAUAUAAUAUACAGUGCUUUCUCCGUCAGGUGUUUUUGCGAAGCAUCGUCAGAAUCGAUUGUUUGGAAGAGAUUGUAUCGGUGGCUUUUAAUCAACUAUUUUAGUACAGGGUUGUUAUUAUCGUGCCAUAACGAGUUAUUAUCACAGCCUCGGCUCAGUGGAGCACAAAACAAGCUCCGAUUUAUCCGAUGCAGCGUAAUACAGGCGUGUUCCAAGCCGUAUCCUCUCCGCCAUUCUUGAGUACAAAAAACGAUAAAACGGUGAGCAGCUGUAACAUGCUGCUGACGGUGGCAUGGGUCGAGGUGCUUUUGGCAACGGCCAUCGGAGCGAUGGUGCUGUUGUCCAACUACUGUUCGUCUUGGCUAUUCUGGAAGAAAAAGUCGCCGAAGGAUUCUGAUACCGCAGACAGCGUGCAACUGCCGCAGAAGAAGUCGAAAACGGUUCAAGAUGUGCCGGGGCCUGUAUCCUUUCCCAUAAUCGGCACUUCGUGGAUAUUCUUCGGAUUCGGACCCUACCACAUAGACAAGAUCCACGAGGCGUACAAAGAUAUGAAGAUGCGAUACGGACCGGUGUGCAAGCAGGAGUCUUACUGGAACUGGCCGAUUAUCUCGGUGUUCGACCGCAGUGGAAUCGAGACGAUUCUUAAACGUUCCAGCAAGUAUCCUCUGAGGCCCGCGCAAGAGAUAAUAUCGCAUUACCGACAGACCAGGACCGAUCGAUACACCAAUCUUGGACUCGUCAAUGAGCAGGGCGUAACGUGGCAGAAAUUGCGGGCUACCCUGACGCCGGAACUAACGGGGGUUAAAACCAUCCUAGGUUUCUUUCCCGCGCUCAACGGCGUGACCGACGACUUCGUCGAUCUGAUACGGAAUCGAAGAACCGGAUGCAACGUGAUCGGAUUCGAGGAACUAGCAUACAGAAUGGGUCUCGAGAGCACGUGCAUGUUGAUGCUUGGUAGACACUUGGGCUUUUUGAAGCCAGAAUCUGUCGGUACGUUGACGAACAGAUUAGCCGAAGCGGUCAGAAUGCAUUUCGUCGCCUCGAGAGAUGCCUUCUACGGCUUUCCCACGUGGAAACUGUAUGCCACAUCUGCCUACAAGAACCUGACGGACAGCGAGGAGACGAUUUACAACAUAAUUUCGGAUCUGAUCGAAGCGACUAUAAAGGAACAUCAAGAAAGCGCAAAGGACGAGAGCAUCGAAGCAGUUUUUCUGUCAAUUUUGCGAGAAAAGACUCUCGACAUACGGGACAAGAGGGCUGCCAUCGUAGACUUCAUCGCUGCCGGGAUUCACACAGUGGGAAACACGUUGGUGUUCUUGCUCCACACAAUCGGCAGGAAUCCGGAGGUUCGAAAAAAGUUACAGGAAGAAGCGGACUCUUUGGUGCCUCCACGCUGCGACAUCAGCAUGGGCGACCUAAAGAAUGCCAAGUAUAUUCGAGCUUUCAUCACUGAGGUAUUCAGAUUACUGCCGACGGCGCCGUGCAUCGCGCGAAUACUCGAAGAAUCGGCUGACCUCAGCGGUUAUCAUCUCAAACCAGGGACUGUAGUGUUGCUUCACACUUGGAUAGCCGGCUUGGACGAGGCGAAUUUCAAAGAUGCCGACAAGUGCAUACCGGAGAGAUGGUUGCAUCCAGAAAAAUAUGUGCCACACUCACCUCUGCUGGUUGCGCCUUUCGGUUUUGGUCGACGUAUCUGCCCUGGCAAACGAUUCGUCGAGCAAGCUUUACAACUUAUGGUCGCAAAGAUGGUUCGUGAAUUCGACGUAAUCGCCGAUGAGGAACUCGGCCUGCAAUUCGAAUACAUAAUGGCACCAAAGGGACCGGUCACGCUUUCCUUCCGCGAUCGCGUUGACGUGACGUGAGAGAGCAAUUCAAUCGCUCUACGAGAUUAAUCAUCAUGACCGAUAGGUCAGUGUGGAAAAGCAAACAAAAGUGCGGGGAGAACGGAAAAGAAUCUAAACUAGAAGAAAAGAGAGGUAGAGGGACCAAAAAUGAAGCGAGAGAAAAUGAUUUGUUGAAAAUAUGAUCAACGGAAAUCAAUGGUCAUCUGGGAAAGAAAGAAUUUCAGCGACAAUCUGCAAAUUUCCGUUUCUUAUAUACUAUUUCUCAUCUUUUCUACGUUUUCUAUGUGCGAUAAAUGUUUCACAUGCGUACGUGAUUUUAGCUCGGAAAUUCUUUUAACUUGCUGAUGAGAAACUUGCAGAUUGUCCGUUUCGUUUUUUUCUCUUAUAUAUUUAUAUAUCGUAUUAUAUUUCCAGUACACGUGUUGUAUAUUUAUGUGUCAAUAUGCUUUUUUGUUCCUCUUCAUGUGUGAAGCACACGAGUGCAUCGACUAUGUUUUAUUCGCUGUAAUUAUUGUAUCCGAAUCGUUUAUGAACUGAACAAAUGUCGUAAUAAUGAAAUAGAAUAAUCGCUUAGAAGUGAUUUUAUACCCAAGCGUUAUUUAUGUAUUACGUUUUUUUAGUCGUAUGUAGCGUGGUGAAUUAUGUAUGUAUGGCUAUAGAUACAUUUUAUUAGAACUAAAAGUGUCUUGAAAUUUGGAUUGUUCACCGUCAAUUUAUACGUAUUCAAAUUUAAUUAAUUCGGAAUAUGUUUCUUAUCUUUGUAAUCUGUACUCGUGAUGCUACAAUGAGCCAUUAAGAUCGAGGCCUGUAAAUACGGCAAAAAUUGUAAAUUAUUAGUCAUAGUAAACAAAACGGAAAUAAUAUGUAUACAUACACACCCACACACACACACACAUAUACAUAUAUAAACUAAUAGGAUAUAUUUGUUACACACGGGUAUAUACAUAUGUCUAUUUAUUGUGUUGUUAAACUCUCAUUUCUUUGAAUAAUGUUAGUUCAAUAAGUAUACAAUCCCGUUUUGGUAUAGGCUAUUGAAAAAUAUCUUAUUUUUCAGCAGUAUUCGUGUCUUAUAAUUAUUAAAAUCAACGUAUUUCGUUUAAAUAUAAAUAGUGUUAAGUCUACGAUGUAUGGUAUUUAUUUCAUUGCUGUAGCUGAGUAAUCUUACUAUUUUUCAAUAAAAAUGCUUCUUAGAGAGGUAUAAAUGUCUACCCGUUAUACGAAGAUUCUAUUUUAUAGUUUUAAAAUAAAGCUAUUUUAAUAAAAA